AUGGCUGGAUUUCCACCUGUUCCUCCACCUCCGCCUCCAGGGUUCGAUUCAGAAGAAGAGGAUAAUAAUGGGUUUUUCCCACCACCACCUCCACCACCUCCAGGUUAUAUUGAAGAUGGUGGAAACGAUGAUGCUGUUCCACCCCCUCCACCACCAUUGGGAUUCGAUGGUGAUGAAUUCUUACCUCCUCCACCACCUCCUCCAGGAUCCCAAGAAGAUGAUAUCCUACCACCACCACCACCACCUCCUCCAAUUGAAGAUCAUGAGGGUUCAUUUCUUCAUCCACAAACUCCAGAGGUAUCAGUUGGAAAGAAACAUAAGAUUAGUGAAGACGAAUACAUAUCUCGCAAGAGUUUGAAGAACGCCAAAAAGCUUAAGAAAAGAAGAAAAAUGGGCCUUUCCCAUUCACAUAAAGUGGACAUGCCACCGGAGCAUUUAAGAAAGAUAAUAGAGAAUCAUACCGAUAUGGUAUCCAAAAGAUACAACUACGAUAAGCGUGCAUUUUUGGGUGCUUUGAAAUAUAUGCCCCAUGCCAUCCUAAAAUUAUUAGAAAAUAUGCCACAGCCUUGGGAACAAGUCAAAGAAGUGAGAGUCUUAUACCAUACUACGGGGGCUAUAACGUUUGUUAAUGAAAUUCCAAGAGUAAUCGAACCUGUUUAUACAGCCCAAUGGUCGACGAUGUGGAUUGCAAUGAGAAGAGAAAAACGUGAUAGAACCCAUUUCAAGAGAAUGAGGUUUCCUCCAUUUGAUGAUGAUGAACCUCCUCUUUCAUACCCUAAUAAUAUACAAUCAAUAGAACCUUUAGAUCCAGUAGCAUUGAAUUUAGAUAAAGUAGAAGAUAAAGAAGUUAUAGAUUGGAUAUACGAUCCCAGGCCACUGGAACAUGAUCCCAAAAAAGUUAAUGGCACAUCAUACAAGCAAUGGCGCUUAGAUCUUCCUAUAAUGUCAAAUUUGAAUAGACUAGCAGCACCGCUGAAAGAUAACAUCACAGAUAAUAAUUAUUACUACUUAUUUGACAGAAAAGCAUUUUUCAACUCAAAAGCUUUAAACAACGCUCUUCCUGGUGGACCAAAAUUCGAACCUCUGUACCCUCCAGAAGAAGAUGAAGACUAUAGUGAAUUUAAUUCCAUCGACAGAAUAAUUUUCAGAAAUCAGAUACGGACUGAAUAUAAGAUUGCAUUCCCACAUUUAUACAAUUCAAGACCACGUUCGGUAGAGUUGAACUGGUAUCACGAUCCUUUAUCAUGUAAUAUUGAACUUGAUGAUGAGAACAAAAAUGAUGGAUUUGUAUUUGACCAAUCAUUAAACCCAAUAAUAUCACAAUACACUGAUAAAAAUUUUAAUAGAAUCGAUAAUGUUUGUACUGGUGGGUCUGAAUUACGAUUACCAGCAACAUUUUCGCCAUUACUGACAGAUGAAGAUUUAGUUAUCGACAAUGUAAAUGAUGCAUUUGAAUUAUAUAGUGCAACUUAUCCGUUUAACCUGAGAUCAGGUAGAAUGGUAAGAGCACAAGACGUACCUUUGGUAAAACAGUGGUAUUUACAACAUCCUGAUGAAAAUUAUCCAACUAAGGUAAGGAUAUCCUAUCAAAAGUUACUGAAGAAUUAUGUCAAGAAUGAACUUAAAUCUGACAAAAAUCCAAAUAAAACGAAAGUAAAGUUAUUAAAAAGUUUAAGGAAUACCAAAUAUUUCCAACAAACUACCAUUGACUGGGUUGAAGCAGGUUUACAGGUUUGCCGCCAAGGUCAUAAUAUGCUUAAUUUAUUGAUUCAUAAAAGAGGAUUAACGUAUCUUCAUUUGGACUAUAAUUUUAAUUUAAAACCAACGAAAACGUUGACAACUAAGGAACGUAAAAAAUCUAGAUUUGGUAAUGCAUUUCAUUUAAUGAGAGAGAUUUUAAAAGUGACUAAACUCUUAGUGGAUUCUCAUGUUCAACAUAGACUAGGAAAUGUAGAUGCGUAUCAAUUGGCAGAUGGUAUAUACUAUAUUUUAAACCAUCUCGGUCAAUUAACGGGUAUCUACCGUUACAAGUACAAGGUUAUGCAUCAAAUUCGAGCUUGUAAAGAUUUAAAGCAUGUUAUUUAUUAUCGUUUUAAUAAGGUGAUCGGAAAAGGUCCCGGAUGUGGGUUCUGGCAACCAGCUUGGAGAGUUUGGCUAUUUUUUCUAAGGGGUAUCAUUCCUUUAUUAGAAAGAUGGAUAAGCAAUCUGCUUUCCCGUCAAUUUGAAGGUCGUUCAAAUGAAAUCGUGAAAAAUACUACCAAGCAAAGAACGGAUGCUUACUAUGACUUAGAAUUAAGGGCUGCAGUUAUGAAUGAUAUUUUAGAUAUGAUUCCCGAGGGAAUCAGACAAAGUAAAGCUAGAACAAUUUUACAGCAUUUAAGUGAAGCAUGGAGAUGUUGGAAAGCAAACAUUCCGUGGGAAGUGGCAGGUAUGCCACUUCCAAUCAAAAAUAUAAUUGAAAGAUAUAUAAAAGCCAAAGCUGAUGGUUGGGUUUCAGCAGCACAUUAUAAUAGAGAACGUAUAAAACGUAAUGUUCAUGUUGAAAAGACAGUUGUAAAGAAAAAUCUAGGUCGACUAACAAGAUUAUGGAUAAAGAAUGAGCAAGAAAGACAACAGAAGAUAGUAAAGAAUGGACCAGAAAUUACUCCGGAUGAAGCCACUGCUAUCUUUUCAACCAUGGUAGAUUGGUUAGAGUCCAGGGACUUUUCGCCAAUACCUUUCCCACCAAUUGCAUAUAAAAAUGACACCAAAAUUCUGGUACUUGCAUUAGAAAAUUUGAAGGAUGUAUAUGCCUCAAAAGUUCGCCUAAAUGCCUCUGAAAGAGAAGAAUUAGCGUUAAUUGAAGAGGCCUAUGACAACCCACAUAACACUUUGAAUAGAAUAAAGAAGUAUUUAUUAACACAAAGAGUUUUCAAGCCUGUAGAUUUGUCAAUGAUGGAACAUUAUCAAUCAAUUCAACCUGUGUUUACAGUCGAUCCAUUAGAAAAAAUCACAGACGCUUAUUUGGAUCAAUAUUUAUCCUAUGAGGCGGAUCAGAGGAAGCUUUUUCCAAAUUGGAUUAAACCAAGUGACGCAGAGAUUCCACCACUGUUAGUUUAUAAAUGGGCACAGGGAAUCAAUAAUGUAUCUGAUGUAUGGGAUAUUUCAAGAGAUCAAUCAACUGUAUUAUUAGAAACCACCUUACAAGACAUAACGGAAAAGAUAGAUUUCACUUUACUAAAUAGAUUAUUAAGAUUGGUUCUAGAUCCUAAUAUUGCUGAUUAUAUGACAUCCAAAAACAAUGUUAUUAUUAAUUAUAAAGACAUGAGUUAUGUAAACAAAUAUGGACUGUUACGCGGUUUACAAUUUGCUCCUUUUAUUUAUCAAUUCUAUGGGUUGAUGAUUGAUCUAUUGAUUUUAGGAAAAGAGAGAGCUACUGAUUUAGCAGGAUCUCCAACAUCCCCAAAUGAAUUUAUGCAAUUUCAAAGUGUUGAAGUUGAAAAGAGACACCCAAUUAGGCUAUACACAAGGUAUUUUGAUAAAAUCCAUAUUUUGUUCCAUUUUGAAGAACAAGAAUCCUCAUCUCUUGUGAAUGAGUUCUUAUCUGAAAAUCCAGAUCCUAACUUCGAAAAUUCAGUUGGUUACAAUAACAAGAAGUGCUGGCCAAGAGAUUCACGUAUGCGUCUCAUGAGGCAAGACGUUCAGUUGGGGAGAGCUGUAUUUUGGGAAAUACAGGGCAGAGUACCAGCUUCAUUAGUCAAUAUCAAUUGGGAAAAUUCAUUUGUCUCAGUUUAUGGUAAAGAUAAUCCAAACCUUCUGUUAUCUAUGUGCGGAUUUGAAGUUCGGAUUUUACCAAGAAGUCGUACUAACGAUGUCCUAUCAACAGAUGAAGGUGUUUGGGAUUUAAUGAACGACAAUACCAAGCAACGUACUGCAAAGGCGUUUUUGAAGGUUUCCGAAGAGGAGAUAAAGAAGUUUGAAAGUACAAUUAGAGGUCUUUUGAUGUCAGCUGGAUCUACAACAUUUACAAAAAUAGCUGCUAAAUGGAAUACAUCGUUAAUUGCUCUAUUCACAUACUUUAGAGAAGCGAUUGUAGCAACUGAACCGUUGCUAGAUAUCCUUGUGAAGGCUGAGACAAGAAUUCAAAAUAGGGUCAAAUUAGGAUUAAACUCUAAAAUGCCAACCAGGUUUCCACCAGCUGUUUUUUACACACCAAAAGAGCUAGGAGGUCUGGGUAUGAUUAGUGCUUCUCACAUCUUAAUCCCAGCUUCCGAUUUAAGUUGGUCGAAACAAACAGAUACAGGUAUUACCCAUUUCAGAGCCGGUAUGACCCAUGAAGAAGACAGAAUUAUUCCAACAAUUUUCCGUUAUAUUACAACCUGGGAAAAUGAGUUCUUAGAUUCUCAAAGAGUUUGGAAUGAUUAUGCCGCCAAACGUCAAGAAGCGAUGCAACAGAAUAGAAGAUUAGCAUUUGAAGAAUUAGAAGGGUCCUGGGAUAGAGGUAUACCUAGAAUUAGUACAUUAUUCCAAAAAGAUAGACAUACAUUGGCCUACGACAGAGGACAUCGUGCCCGUAGAGUAUUUAGAAAGUAUUCUCUUGAAAGGGUUAACCCAUUUUGGUGGACGAACUCUCAUCAUGAUGGUAAAUUAUGGAAUUUGAAUAAUUAUCGUACUGAUGUAAUUCAAUCAUUGGGUGGUAUUGAAACCAUCUUAGAACAUACUCUUUUUAAAGGUACUGGAUUUAAUUCAUGGGAAGGUCUGUUUUGGGAGAAAGCGUCUGGUUUUGAAGAUUCUAUGCAGUUCAAAAAAUUGACACAUGCUCAAAGAACUGGUUUAAGUCAAAUUCCAAAUCGUCGUUUCACGUUAUGGUGGUCCCCAACAAUUAAUAGAGCUAAUGUCUAUGUGGGGUUUUUAGUUCAACUAGAUUUAACUGGUAUUUUUUUACAUGGUAAGAUACCGACACUAAAGAUAUCUUUAAUUCAGAUUUUCAGAGCUCAUCUAUGGCAGAAAAUCCACGAAAGCAUUGUUUUUGACAUUUGCCAGAUUCUAGAUGGUCAACUAGAUAUUCUGCAAAUAGAAUCCGUGAGAAAAGAAACUGUACAUCCUAGGAAAUCAUAUAAAAUGAAUUCUUCUGCUGCUGAUGUUACUAUAGAAAGUUUAUAUCAAUGGGAAGUAUCCAAACCUUCUCUUUUAGGGUCAUCAAAUGACAAAUAUGAUAGAGCGGUAACCAACAAAAUGUGGUUUGAUGUACAAUUGCGUUAUGGUGAUUAUGAUUCACACGAUAUAUCUAGAUAUGUACGUGCAAAGUUUUUGGAUUAUACCACCGAUAACGUAAGUUUAUACCCAUCACCAACUGGUAUAAUGAUUGGUAUCGAUCUAGCCUACAAUAUGUUUGAUGCUUAUGGUAAUUGGUUUAAUGGAUUAAAACCACUAGUUCAAAAUAGUAUGAGAACUAUUAUGAAAGCCAACCCUGCAUUAUACGUAUUACGUGAACGUAUUAGAAAAGGGCUACAAAUUUAUCAAUCUAAUGUUCAAGAACCAUUUUUGAAUUCUUCCAAUUAUGCAGAACUGUUUAAUAACGAUAUUAAGCUAUUUGUCGACGAUACUAACGUUUAUAGAGUUACUGUUCAUAAAACUUAUGAAGGUAAUGUUGCAACAAAGGCUGUAAAUGGAUGUAUUUUUACUUUGAAUCCUAAAACAGGUCACCUAUUCCUAAAAAUCAUCCAUACCUCUGUGUGGGCUGGACAAAAGAGAUUAAGUCAGCUGGCGAAGUGGAAAACUGCUGAAGAAAUAAGCGCUUUAAUCCGUUCAUUGCCCAAGGAAGAACAACCAAAGCAAAUAAUUGUCACAAGAAAAGCGAUGUUAGAUCCAUUAGAAGUGCACAUGCUUGAUUUCCCAAAUAUCUCAAUUAGACCAACCGAAUUGAGACUUCCAUUCUCUGCAUCCAUGUCAAUAGACAAGCUAUCUGACGUUGUAAUGAAGGCUACAGAACCACAGAUGGUACUUUUCAAUAUAUAUGACGAUUGGUUGGAUAAAAUUUCCUCAUAUACAGCAUUUUCCAGAUUAAUAUUGCUUUUGAGAGCUCUUAAGACAAAUGAGGAGAAGGCCAAAUCAAUUUUGCUUGCAGAUCCAACUAUUCAAAUUAAGCCACAUCAUUUAUGGCCUUCAUUUAAUGACGAGCAAUGGAUAGAUAUAGAAUCAAAAAUGCGUGAUCUGAUCUUAACUGAAUACGGGAAGAAGUAUAAUGUAACUAUUUCUGCAUUAACACAAACUGAAAUCAAGGACUUGAUUUUAGGUCAAAAUAUCAAGGCACCAUCGGUUAAACGUCAAAAGAUGGCUGAAUUAGAAGCUGCCAGAGCUGAACAAAAUGAACAAAAUGCUUCUAAUGCAACAACAGUAAUGAAGACAAAGAGUGUAAAUGCUCAAGGUGAGGAAAUUGUUGUUGUAACAUCGACUAAUUACGAAAACCAAGAAUUCGAUUCGAAGAAUGAUUGGAGAGCUGCUGCAAUUUCCAAUAGUUUGUUACACUUACGUUUAAAAAAUAUAUAUGUGUCUUCUGAUGAUUUUAUUGAAGAAAAAGAUGUUUAUGUUUUACCAAGAAAUCUAUUGCAAAAAUUUGUAGAAAUUGCUGAUGUGAAAAGCCAAAUUGGUGGUUUCAUAUAUGGGAAAUCACCCGAAGGACACCCUAAGAUAAAGGAAAUCCGAACAGUUGUAUUGGUUCCUCAGAUUGGUACCUCAAAAGGUAUAGAAAUGGGCAAAUUACCAGAUCGUAAUAUUUAUCCUAACCUCCAAGAUUUAGACCUGCUGGGUUGGAUCCAUACGCAAAACGAAGAUACAAAAUUUAUGGAUGCUUCCGAAGUCACAACACACUCAAAGAUAUUUGGACUCGAAAGACAAAACUGCAUUGACCUCUCGGUUGCAUUAAUUACUGGUUCUGUAUCUUUAAAUGCCUUCAAUCUUAACGAAGAAGGUUAUCAAUGGGGUUUGCAAAACGUCGAUUUGAUUAAUGAAAUGCCAGAAGGUUUCGAACCAACAUUCAGUGAACAUGCACAACUACUAUUGUCCGAUAGAAUAAUGGGUAACUUUAUGACCCCUGCCUCUGAGAUUUGGAAUUACUCAAUGCUAUCCGCCAGUUUCCAUCCAGAUCUAGAUUAUGAAUAUAGGAUUAAUAUACCAAUAGAAUUCUAUAAUGAACUACAUCGCUCAACCCAUUUCAUGCAAUUUAACGAGCUAGCUGGAGAUGAAGAACUAGAGGCUGAGCAACAAGAUCUCUUCUCAUAG